AUGUCCUUCAAUGACAAGCAAGUUGCCUUGACCAACACUUUCCGCUCGUUCAACUCUAAAGUCCCUAUAUUUCUGCAAAAAUUGUACAAAAUCGUCGACAGUCCAGAGACGAAUAAUGCGAUAUCUUGGUCGGUUGAUGGAGAAUCGUUUAUUGUGUAUGACCACGAGCGGUUAGCAAGAGACUAUCUUCCACAAUGGUUUAAACAUAACAAGUACUCCUCGUUCGUUCGCCAGCUCAAUAACUACGGCUUUCAUAAGGUGUCUAACCUUCAACAAGGUGUAAUGAACGCCAGCACAGAUAUAGAGCAGUCGCAGUACGCGCAUCCCUAUUUCCAACGUGACAAAGAGGACCAACUUAUCCUCGUCCGACCGACCAAGCUAGCGAAGGACCGUCCUACCAUUGAUUUUGAGCAGGGAAGUUCUUCUACUUCUUCGUCGGGUGCUGGACAGCAGUUGGAUAUGCAUGCCGUAUUAAAUGGCAUAGCUGCAAUCAGAAAACAGCAAACAGCAAUAACACAGGAUUUAGAUGAACUGAAACGCUCAGAUCAAUUGCUGUGGGAAGAGGCUCUGCAGGCACGUAAACGGCACACAAAACUGCAAGACACUGUAAAUCGCAUUGUCAAGUUCCUGGCUACCCUCAUUUCGCAACCCAGCGGUAGCGGCGUCGCGCAUCCCCAGCCUUCACGCCUUAUGAUUGAGAACUCUGUUACGAGCAAAGUCAGGGAGGUUGAAGAACACGACGGUGAUAACAAAGAGGCCGCCAUGGCUUCUGCUCUGCGUAACUAUACUUCUUGGCUCAGUAGCAAUCUGUUCUCACCAGAUUUACAGCAACAUCACCUAUCGAAGCACCAAAGCCAGCGGUUCCCGAAACAUUCUCCUCUUUCAGUGCCCCAGCAACAGACUUUCAAUAUACCUCAUUCGCUCCAAGCGCAACGAUCGAUCCGUCAAUAG